ACAACAAUAACACGCAGCUAGCAGCAGUGAGAUAAAAACGCAGUCAUUUAUGUUAUUUAGGUAGUAAAUAUUACAGUAACACAUGCAAACUGACCCCUGCUGUUAACACACUCAAACAGCGUCUCUGGUCAGGUGAGUUGAGCUGCUGUGAAACGUUUUAAACACAGAAACACACCGAUGUUGUUGUGACGCGCAGACGGUUAGCUUGUGGCACUGUCCGGUGUGACGGUUUACCUGGUGACCGUGUUAACUGGUGACUUUCUCACAUUUUAAGAUACGUAACGAGAGGUGAAUGAGUCUCCCGAACUUACAUAAAUGCUGAGAUACUUAGAUACUAAAACACAUGAGUAUGUAUUUAAGAAAGGUUUAAACUAGAAAGUCUUUUUUUUUUAGGGAAAACCAGUAAACACGGUCACCAGUUAAGGCGUAACACCGGUUCCGUUUCAUGUCACUGGUCUCCGGACUCAAGCGCAGCAAACAUGGAGAGCUUAUACAAAAGGAAGAUGUUCGCCUCGAUGAGGAAAACCAAAGUGGACGCCUCAAAAAAGCGACAAAUUGGCCUUCCCGCUUCUAUCCUGGACGACAGUGACGAAGGCUCCUUCUCCUCCUCCUCCUCCUCCUCCUCGGGAUCCCAGUCCGACUUCCGGAGCUCCCAGGAGGAGGACAGCGAGUCUGGAGCAUCGUCCAGUGAUGACAGCCGGUUGGUGACCAGGAGGAAGCGCUCGUUUCUUGGACGUGAUGACACCUCCUCCUCCUCCAGCACCGGGGAGGAGGAUGAUGAUGAUGAUGACAAGGAGGAGAGGAGCAAGUUGAAGAGGUUAGUACAGCCCAGGAAGCGGAGCAGGCUGCAGCGACAGGACGAGUCUGACUCUGAUCAUGCAGAGGAGAAGCAGCGGGAGGAGGCGGAGAAGGCGAAGAGGAGGCAGAGACACAACAAGCUGCUGGCGCUGUCCCGGAGGAUGAAGGCCCGGGUCCCGAGCCGGAGGAGGAUCCGCCUCAAGCAGGAUUCGGGCGAUGACGAAGAUUCCAAAGAUGCUGAGGAUUUGGCAGGCGGAGAUGAAGAUAAAGACAGAGAGAAAAACGGCAACAAGAAAGAGGCGGCAGGAGAUGAGGAAGGAGGGAGAGAGGAGGAGGAUGAGGAUGGGGAGGAGAAAGAUGAUGAGGAGGAGGAUGAGGAUGGGGAGGAGAAAGAUGAUGAGGAGAAGGAGGAAUCAGAGGAGGAGAAAUAGUAGAGAACAGAGGAGUUUGAAUGUGAAAAACUAAAUACUUUUAAUCUGAAAAACUCUCUUAGUUUAUACAGUUUUUUUCCCACCUGCAGCUCUUGAAGUGGAAAACAAAAAACGCUAAAAGAGCUGGAGUUGCAGGUCAUAUCUUGUUGCUAUAGGAACAGACACUGGUGACAUGCAACAAUAAAAGAUGCACAGAGGAUUUCGAGAGCCUCGCCGCCCCGUUACAACGCAUCCUGCCAAGGAAGGAGAGCCAGAAAUGGGACACAGCUUUAAGAGAGGGACAUAUGGCUCCUGGAGGAUCAGUGUUCGUCAGUAUCUGUACCUGCUGACUUUCUGAUGUGUCAAGUCCAUCACCCAAAAUACCAAAUCCCAGAUGAUGAUUUCAGACAAAUGUCAUGUCAGUGUUGAAGAUUAUUACAUUACAGAAUUAACAGUAAUAAGCUGCAGCUUCUUCUCAUAUGUCAUUUUAAACCAGAGAAAGUGACAGUUGGAUUGAAAUGAGAAGCUGCUGCUAAUGAAGAACAGUGAGGAGAGAUAAAAGGUUCAGUAAGAGAUGCUUUAGUAUUGUACCUUAAUGAAUCUGGGUGGAUUGCAGCCCAAAAAUGCAUCCCUAUUAAAUAUGACCUUUGAGUUUGUCUACAUGCACUUAAGUAACCUUAAUACUCAGAGAAAGCAGGUAAUACAGGUAGUUAGAAAAGGCAUUUACAUCCAUUUAUUGUAAUCUAAUUGAUGUAAAUCCAUGUAUACAUGCAGCCGGUCAGUAGUCAUGUUUCUCUCCAGCCCCAAGCCUUACUUUGUUAUUUUAAUUGUUUUUUGUUGGUUUUUUGAACUUAUGCAUCUUAAAUUGAAAGUGGUGUGGGCCUCCAUUGUGGAAAACAGGGCUUUCAUUUACAUGACGUUUAAGCAGAAAGGCGACCAUAAGUUUCUUCAGUGCGUGUAAACACACUGCAUCAUUUCACAUGGCUUUUAAGUUUUUAUUUGAUGGUCUAUUUUCACUUUCUCUUUAAAUUCAGUUAAAGGUAUAUGUCUAAUUUUAGUGUCAACUAAACCUAACUCAAGGUCCAUUUACUGGCUUUUUCCUGAGCUUUCAACCACAGUCUUCUUCCCUGAAUUGGCUCAGAUGUAAAAAAAAAAAAAAAAAAAAAAAAAGAAAAGAAAAGAAAAAAAAAGUUGUUUGAAAGCAUCCACAGAAAAACCAGCAAGUAAAGCUUGAGGCCAGGUUCUUUUGUCACGCUAUUAUUCUGAAGGACAAGGAUGAAUUUUAAUGCUUUGAUUAAUGGUGUCUUUUUUGUAUGUGGUGUGUUGCAGCUGAUCAGCACCAACUUACACGCUGAAUCAGCAGAUGAUACUAAAACAGAAGUGUUAGAUCUCAGCAGGGACGCGACUCCUCAUGUUUCAUACACUCAUACAUUCAAUCUGUCAGACAUGAAACUGUAACAGACUACGAGUCCCAGAGAGCACUGCUGUAAGAAACAGCCAAUCACAGGGAGCGUGGAGUUCUUGUUUCGUUCCAGCGUUCUGAAUACGACACGUUUGAACCUCACAGCUCUGGAUGGACAGUGACUGCUGAGGCUUCUGGGUACUGUAGUAUUUAGAGACAUUAAACAUACCCAGCUGACAGCACUUUUUCCCCCUCUUUCAUUUACUUUGUGUUUGAAUAAGAGAUUACAUUUGGACUCUGGUCCUGCAAACCAGACAUACUUUAUUUUUCUGUGUUGACAUCACACAUCACACACACACACACACACACACACAUACACACACUGAUCUCACCUCAGCAUUUAGACUUACUGAAGUCAACCACUUGUACAUUUUCUUGUAAUGUAACUUUAUAUUUGUCACAGUUUAAAAGCAAAGAAAGAUCCGUAUGUUCAUGGAAGGUGCAUCAUUGUGAGGAUUUGUUGCUUUCCUCAUCUGUCAGCUCUGUUUUUCUAUCAGUUUAAACUGAAUAUUUAUAGUUUCUGUUGAUCAAACAUUGAAAAAAAGACAUUUGAAGACGUCACUUGUGACAUUUUCAUUAUUUUCUCACAUUUCAAAAAGUUGAAUUGAACCACAGGCCCUGAUUAUUCCUGUUAAUUGUCCGAAAAUGUACAACUGCACACAUUUGAGGUGUGUGUCCUUUUGUUCAUGUCUUACAAACAGUUCAUUAACACGAUGGAGAGUUAAAAUAACAGCAGUAAAGUGUUUUGUUUUUGACUUGAUGUAUGAUAGACAGGUGAGUUAGUGAGUGAUAUUCAUUCUUGACUUUGGUAACAGUGUGCUGUAAAGAAAAUCUGAGCUCAAAUGUUCACUAUCUGCAUUUUCUGAGGACUUUCAGCGGCAGUAGUUGUCGUGUGACUAUUUACAUCUGAUGCCAAAGUAUUAAUAGUGUAGUGAAUAUGUACAUGUCCAAACUGACGAUAUUUCAAAAUAAGAGUCGGACUAAAAGAAACACACAUUUUUCUUACGUGUCCAACAUGAAGACAUUUGUGUCUCACAGACUCAUGUGAGUCUCUGUAGAUAUUUUCCAGUCAAAUGUUUUACCAACUUACAGGAAGGUUUGCCAGAAGUUUCAAAAUAAAACUAACAGUUUAUAUUUUGCACUCAAUGAGAAGAAUUUAAUAAAAUGUGGUCAGUCAGUAAAUAUUAACAUAUAAAUGAUAAAGAUUCACAUUGUUCUUUUUUCUCACAUUGCCAGUGCUGCAUUUAUAUGCUAAUCAGAUAUUUGCUCUUUUUUCAUAUUCCCUUCAUUUCUUGUUCCCUUGCUUCCUUCUUUCCUCCCUCUAUAACGGUGCAUUUAAGUGCAGUCGUACAGAAUAGGGGGAAAAAAAUCCCUAAUUGGAAGUUCAUUUUUCAAAGGUUUUACAGUCACAUUUAUCAGCCUGUGAUAAAGUGGACUGUAAGGAAUGUUUCUGUAUGUAGAGUUUGUUGUAUACAAACUCAACAUACACAGUAUUUAAGAGCUUUGUGGCCUCUUCUGCAUCUUUUAAUUACUGGACUCAGUAUGUUAUACAGUAAUGAUGACACACACAUACACACAUGUCAUCCUCGCAUACAUACAGCGCCGUGUAUUAUUUGUUUUUGAUUGUAUUUAUGAUCUUUUGUUGCUGUAAAAGCUCUGCAGACCAACCUGCUUGGUUGUAAACACCUCUGUUAUUAAUAAAGUUUUUCUUUUUUUGACAGUGAA